AAUUUUUAUUAUAUUUCUUAAUAGUAAUUAAACUGCUUAAUGAUAAUUUAUACACAAUUUUAAAAUAUAAUAAUUAAUAUUUGAUUGAAAAAUAAGUAUUAACUAUACAAAUGUUAAAAAAUAUUUAAUGAAAAUAACAAAGAAUUAUUUAAUUACUUUUUUCUUCAUUAAUUAAACCAUUUUAUUAACACGCUCAGCAAGAAAGCAAGUAAAAGUUUGUCCCUUUUUGUUAAAUGUUCCUUUAUUUUGCAUUUGCUCCCGAAUAAAAACUCCUUAACUCUGAAGAAGUGUGUUAAAUUACCUCAAUUAUUGCAGAGAAAGUUUAUAAAAUAUGUUAAUUCUGCACAGCUUGACCAACAAAAGUACUUUUCAAAAGGUGCAGCUGACAGUAAGUUCCCAUAUCGACAGAUCUGCCGGUUCGUUUUUGGUUUGAUAAUGCUUCAGAGAACUUUGCAGCUGGUGUGUCUCUCAGCCUGACGAGCAACUUUCUGGAUCCUCCCACUCCUUCUUUACUUAACUCCUCUGCAUAACUCCUUCACGUGAUCCCUGUCGGAGUCUUAUAGCUUCAGCUGUGUCUCCUCUCGGCUCUGUCCUCCCACCACAGGGCCGAUGGCGUUCAGGAAGGCUCUGAAACGGACGGCGGUGGUCGGCGGCGGGGCGGUGGCCGCGGCGUUCGGCCUGUCGCAGCUCAUCGAGUACAGAAAGACGCAGCACGGAUUGGCCCGGUUGGCCCACGUGGCUGCAGAGGCAGAGCUGAAGGUUCCCUUCGCCGACGAGCUCCCGACCCGGCAGGCCCAGCUGGCGGCGUUGAGCAGCACCGAGGAGUUCGACGUCCUGGUGGUCGGAGGAGGAGCGACGGGCGCCGGAUGUGCCUUAGACGCCGUCACUCGCAACCUGAAGACUGCCCUCGUAGAGAGAAAUGACUUCUCUUCGGGCACCAGCAGCCGGAGCACCAAGCUCAUCCACGGCGGCGUCCGCUACCUCCAGAAGGCCAUCAUGCAGCUGGACUACGAGCAGUACAUGAUGGUGAAAGAGGCUUUGCACGAGCGAGCCAACCUGCUGGAGAUCGCUCCUCACCUGUCGGCGCCGCUGCCCAUCAUGCUGCCUGUUUACAAAUGGUGGCAGUUGCCUUACUACUGGGCAGGCAUCAAGAUGUACGACCUGGUGGCUGGGAUCCAGUGCCUGAAGAGCAGCUACGUCCUCAGUAAGACCAAGGCCUUGGAGCUCUUCCCCAUGCUGAAGAAGGACAAGCUGGUGGGAGCCAUCGUCUACUACGACGGGCAGCACAACGACGCCCGCAUGAACCUCGCCAUCGCCCUCACCGCCGCCCGCUACGGCGCCGCCGUCGCCAACUACACCGAGGUGGUUCACCUGCUGAAGGCGAAGGACGAGCAGACCGGCGGCGAGAAGGUGUGCGGCGCUCGCUGCAGGGACGUCAUCACGGGGCAGGAGUUCGACGUGAAGGCCAAGUGUGUGAUCAACGCCACCGGACCGUUCACCGACUCUCUGAGGAAGAUGGACAACCAGAAAAACCAGAACAUCUGCCAGCCGAGCGCCGGCGUUCACAUCGUCAUCCCGGGUUACUACAGUCCUGACAACAUGGGUCUGCUCGAUCCGGCCACCAGCGACGGUCGCGUCAUCUUCUUCCUGCCCUGGGAGAAGAUGACCAUCGCCGGGACGACCGACACCCCCACCAACGUGACGGCGCAUCCGAUCCCCGGCGAGGACGACAUCAACUUCAUCCUGAGGGAGGUUCGCAACUACCUCAGCCCUGACGUCGAAGUGCGUAGAGGAGACGUUCUGGCGGCGUGGAGCGGCAUCCGUCCUCUGGUGACCGACCCGAGCUCCAAAGACACCCAGUCCAUCUGCAGGAACCACAUCGUCAGCAUCAGCGACAGCGGACUGGUCACCAUCGCCGGCGGGAAGUGGACGACCUACAGGUCCAUGGCCGAGGAGACUCUGGACGCGUCCGUUAAAGCUCACGGACUCUCAGCCGAGUCCUGCAAGACGGUCGGCCUGAUGCUGGAGGGAGCGAAGGGCUGGACGCCGACGCUCUACAUCCGCCUGGUGCAGGACUACGGCCUGGAGAACGAGGUCGCCCAGCAUUUGGCCUCGACGUACGGAGGGAAGGCGUUCGACGUGGCCAAAAUGGCUCAAGUCACCGGGCAGAGGUGGCCGAUCGUCGGGAAGAGACUGGUGUCUGAAUUUCCGUACAUCGAGAGCGAGGUUCUGUACGCCAUCAGGGAGUACGCCUGCACCGCCAUCGACGUCAUCGCCCGGCGAACUCGCCUCGGCUUCCUGAACGUGCAGGCGGCCGACGAAGCGCUGCCUCGAAUCGUGCAGAUUAUGGGCAAAGAGCUGGACUGGAGUCAGGAGAGGAGGACGGCGGAGCUCGAGGCAGCGAGGAAGUUUUUGUACCAUGAGAUGGGCUACAGGUCUCGAUCUGAGCAGCUCACCAAGACGUCUGAGAUCAACCUGGACUACCAGGAGGUCAUCAGGUACAAGAAACGCUUCCACAAGUUCGACAAAGAGAGCAAAGGAUUCAUCACCACUGUGGACGUGCAGCAGGUUUUAGAGAGCAUCAAUGUCCACAUCGACGAAAACUCCCUCCACGAAAUCCUUAAUGAGGUGGACCUCAACAAGAACGGUCAGGUUGAGAUUGACGAGUUCCUGCAGCUGAUGAGCGCCGUGAAGAAGGGACAAGUGUCGGACAGCCGCCUGGCCAUCCUGAUGAAAACAGCCGAGGAGACGCUGGAUAAGAGAGGCCCGGUGACGGUGGACCGGAGCGGAGGUGGAGUCUGAGCUUCCUUUAAAGGUGUUAAUGGCAAAGAAAACUCAUGCAAAUGGCGUUAUCUGAAUGACAAUAUUGCAAUCAAGCACGCAGCAGGAUGAAUUUGGCCAAAUCAAGCGCACUCCUCGGUGUGUUUGGGGUGAAACGGUAUCUAAUGAUUGAGGCUGAGAUUUGUUUUUCAUGGAGUCGGAGAGAAGACGCGUUUUCUGGUGCCUCCCACAGCACACACCGUUUUCUAUCGUCUUUUAAACUAAACCUUUAAUACUUUAAUUAUGACAUUAUCUUUGUAGGUUCUCCUCCUUGUCAAAAUGAUCGACACUGAUUGUUGUGAAAACACUGUCUUCAGACGGCAACUCAGCUUUUCGUUUUGUACGUUCGUUAUUUUCUAAUGAGACAACGCUUCCUGGAAAAAAGCAAUGAUUUGGUGCUAAUUACAGGAAACGUAGCGCAUCAGGGGUUAAAUGUUAUCAUGUUGAAAUGUUUUGUAUGUUUAAAUACCCGCAGCAAAUGAAGAAUUGACAAAAAAGAUACGCACUGCAGAAUUUUAAAAAAUAAAUAAAAUGGAAGAGAACAUGAAUGUGCCAUUUUAAUCAGAAGAGACGAAUGUAUAUUAGCAUGAAAGCAAAGAUUGCUAAUGUUUAGCGUGAAUUAGCAAUUUUAAUUUCAACAUUCGUACUCAUUUUACAACCGUUUUGGUCUCUUCUUAGCAGAUGCAACCCAAAAUCUAGUGCACCUUUAAGCGGUCUGAGUGUCAUGGUUAGCUUAUCUUAGCAUAAACAGCUAACUAAAGUCAGCCUCCAAAGCCCACAAAUUCAAACAUUUUCGGUUUCCGUGUGUCUUUUACCACCUCAGGUAGUGUCUUCUCAAUCUUUGUGCUAAGCUAAGGUAACGAGCUGCCGAAUUGUAUUUUGAACUUCUUGGCUAGGGAUUAGGCAGAAGAUGACCGAGGUGCACUUUAGCUGUAGAGUAGUUGGAGUUGGUGGUUGUUCCACCAGGUGGAGCCUCUUAAUGAGAGGGAGUUACAGGUGUGUUUGCUGACCGCCCGGAAAGCUUCGUUAAACGAGUGCACCUCCCUGCUGUCUAAGUGGUGUUGAUGAAUUCUGUUUUUGUAAAAAAAUAAAUGUUUAAAGUGUUUCAAUAGGCGUGCACUAGCUACAACAGGCUCAUGCUAACGCUAAGCUAGGACACUCAGGAUGAAUGCUUCCAACAACAUUCAAACUAAAGUGAUGAAUUCUCAGCAUACAGAGAAACGUCCACUCGAUUUAAUUCAAUUUACCUGCAAGAGAAGUCUAAUAAAUCAUGUAUUAAUGCUUAGAUGGACUUGUUUCUACCUGUAAUUAGCACCAAAUUCUGAAAAUUCAAGGAAACGUGUUGCUGGAAAUACUGUGCCCAUUCUGAAAGCACACCUGCUGCCAUGUUCUACUGUGUUCUACUGUGUUCUCCAUCUUUUGCACUACUGCCGACACCGAGGUUUACAUGUCAAGGUCUCCAGCUUUACUGUUCGACGGAUCCUCUCUAUUUUUAAUGAUUAUUUAUUCCUAUGUCUUCGUGUCGCUGCAGCUAUUUCUACUCACAGAGAUUUCAUAUAAAUGUAAUACAAAGGGCAUCUUAGAAACGGCGUUUCAGAGGAACUACGCGGUGUUUUUAUUCGCUAUUAUCAUGUGCUAAAUCUGUUCUUUAAAUACUGUCAAGCAAAGUGGAGUUUUAUUCUUUGAUUUCUGUGCUUGUGGUUGAGUUAAAUCGCUGUAUUAACGCACAUCCAGCCUGCCUGAUGGCCUCACAGCCAAUCAGCAGCACCUAGAAAUGUAAAAUCCUGCAUGCAAGCUGAUGUUUUUACCGUUUAUGGGACGAUUUUAAUCUUUGAACAGCAUGUUUUAUGUCUGGAAUGCGAUGAAUGUAUGACCCGUGCCUUCAUGUGCCUACAACACUCAACCUUCUUUUACACAGAUACACGCUAAAGGACAUUAUGUUGAGAAUGUAAAGAUAUUUAUAUGACAUUUAUUACAUAAAAAAAAGUGUUGAAACCCAGA